CCCUCUCUCUCUCUCACUCAAACACAGAGACACUUUGAGUUUGACCCGUUGCCAGCCACCGGCACCUAUCUUCUCUCUACUCAAAUGGCGACCCCACCCUGCACUCUCUAGAGGAUCUUUCCUAUGUUGAGCCCUCUUUUUCUGAGCAGAAAGGUUAAAUAACCUUUCAUCUCCUUUCAUUUCUCUCUCUUUCCUACUCUGGAACCCUAGUUCAGAACAUCAGGCAAAGAAAGCGAGAAGAAUCACAGAACAGACUGAGGGAUCAUCUCAUGUCUCCAUACCUUCACCCUACCUUCACCUUCGUUCGUCAUAAUUAACAUCUACCCGCAUAUUCUCUCGUCUUUUUAUGGAAACUUUUGCUGCAUGUGAAAGACAAGGAAAAGAUUUGCUUCCAUUGCAGAUCCGGGAUUCAAAGAUAUGGGCUUUCAUCUUUCCCAACAUCAAUCACCUUCUCCUUCCAGGUUUCUUUAUUUGUAAGCUAUCACAUUGAUUUUCUUUGCCAUUUACUACCCUACUUGUCUUACUUUAAUUUUCAAGUUAGUUAUGGAUUCUGGUAGUAGUGGAAGUAUGCAAUCUUCUAGUGGUGGUGAUGAUCAAGAGUAUGAUUCGCGGGCAGGGUCAGCCUCGGUUUUCAUGAAUCCUCCUAGUCACUAUGGUUCCAUGUCAAACCCACAGCCUUUGAUUUUUUCUCCAGACCAAAACCACCAAUCCAAUUUGUUGGAUCUUUCAUCCAAUUAUAUCCAUGCUUUCUCUCAAUCUCAAGCAAACUCCCAUCCCAAUUAUAUGCUACAUAAUCUUGAAGCGGUUCAACCUAGAGGCCCCAGAUCUGAAGCCAAUUGCACUGGCCUUGGAAACCUGACUCCCUCAUCGUCAUCAUCAAGCCAAUCCAUCUUAGCUACUCGUGGACUUGACCAGGGUUCAAGCCCAUCAUCGAUGCAAAUACGAUCUGUUCAUGACAAUGGCGCACGAGCUACAGCACAACCCAACGUAGUCCGCAACUCCAAGAAGCGAACUAGAGCUACAAGGAGAGCACCCACCACUGUUCUCUCCACCGACACCUCGAAUUUCAGGGCAAUGGUGCAAGAAUUCACUGGGAUUCCCUCACCACCCUUUUCAGGUUCAUCAGUACCCUACUUUCGCCGGUUUGAUCUCUUCAGCAAUAGCUCGGCCUUGCGGUCUGGUAAUUUGGAACCGGCUGGAGUUCUUCACCCUUUACGUCCUUCUGCCCAAAAGGUCCACUCAUCACCAUUUGUGUCUUCUUCUCCUUCUUCUUCAUUGUUUAACAAUACUAUGGGCGAUAUUGCUACCAAUAUCAAUACCUUAAAUAAUUUAUACCCCCAAGUCCCAUCCAAUCUAGGCUUUCCAAGACAGACUCGAAAUAUGCUGAACGUGCAAAACCCAAUUCUCACAUUCCAGUCUCUCCACCAGCCAUCUGUUCACCCUUCACUCAAUGUGUCAGGAUUUGGUGCACCGCCUCCAGGCAGUCAUGUAGGAAUGCCAUCCAUUGAGGAGUUGGGUAUGAGCCAUGGACAUGUCAAUGUAAACCUUAGUGGGCUCCCAAAUCAUGAAGCUGGAUCAAACGAUGGGAACGAAGAUCAUCAUUUUCGGUCUUUGGAUGGGAAUUAUGGAAGUAAUUCGGCGCGUGUUGGUGGCUGUAAGUUGAACUACUCAACACCUUCAACAUCGGAUUUCAACCAUGAGAAAGCUUUGGUGAAUGUGUCUACGAGGGGGACUGAAGGUACAUUUGAUUCGUGGAUUUGUCCGUCAGAUUAAUUUAGGAUCUAAAAAUAAUACACGAAUCACAUUACUAGUGUUCAAGUACGAUAUGAAUAGGGUUUUGGUGCUGCGAUAAAUGAAACUAGUACUGAUGGUGUUGAAUAA